AUGCAGCAAAGUGCCUUGACAACGGUGGACGCCGGCAUCCUCUUACGCUCUACGGCCGAGCUGGAAAGGCUGACUCAGCCUAUCAUAGUGCCGGCAAGAUCACCCAAAGCCAGAUUUCAGAAUUGGGGAAAAUCCUUCGUGAGCACACCCGCAAGAGUGUUCGCCCCGACAACAGUGACACACUGUGCUGUGAUUGUAGAGCUGGCUCGGCGUCAAGGUGCGCAGCUUCGAGCCAUCGGACGAGCUCAUAGCCCAAGCGAUUUGCCUUUCACCACCGGUUGGGCGAUGCGCAUGGAAGGACUGAAGGGUGUCGUGGACAUCAAUCACUCGGCAUAUACCAUUACAGCCCUUGCAGGCACCUACAUCUCCGAUAUUCAUGAGGCGCUCGACUCGACUCAGCCUCGUCUGGCUAUGUGCAACGUCGGCUCGAUCUCUGAACAGACCAUCGCCGGUCUCAUCUCCACAGCAACGCAUGGUACUGGUAUCCUUUUUCCCGUCGUCUCAUCCUACGUCUCGCAGCUUACCAUCCUUUGUCCGCUACCAGAAGGAACUCAGCAUCUCACGUGCAGCCACGAGCAAAAUGCAGAACUUUUCAACGCUACCCUCUGUGGUCUUGGCUCUACCGGCCUGAUCACUUCUGUGACGCUUCGCGUACAGAACGCGUUCAACCUCAAGCAGUACUCGGAAGAGCUCACCUUUGACUCGCUCUUUGGUACCAAGACCGGCUUUCCUGCCGUGUCCAAGAGCUCCUAUGUAAAUCCUGAUGCAUCCCUCGGUAGCCUUUUGAGCAAAAACAAGCGACUGCCAGCGUGCUCGGACAAUUAUCGCCCCUCAUAUCGCUCUGCAGAUGCUGCCGAGGUCCAUCCUAUUCGGCUUGGAGCCAAUCGCGACGUUGAUCAGCUCGCGCGAGCGGAUCCAGAGGACGACCAAGAGACCAGGCAAGCUCAGCUUGCAUUGGAGCAGGUGGUGGGCUCGGCGCAGCACGUCCGACUCAUGUGGUUUCCGCAAGUCAAGCGCAUCACCCUGCUCCGUGCGAAUCGCUCCACGGAACCCGUCUCUGCCCCUCGGUCACUGACGGCGCGCGUAAAAGCAUCAUUGGUUGGCCAUCGUCUUACCGAGUUUCUGCUUUACACAUCGCGAUUCAACCGUCAAUGGCCUCAUCCGGCCGUGCGUUGGAUCCACGCUCUGACUCAUCCAGCCAUUCCAGAGUCGAACUCAUCGCGGAUGACGACACCGCCGAGAAACCAGAUCGCAGCGGCGACGGAAAGUCCAGCCACUGAGCCUGUGACAAUUGCAUCGUCCACCUCGGAUACGGCAGGCAGCCGCGAUGAACAACAACAGCUUCUCAUCCGUGACAUUGGUCAAUCGCUUGCGCACAACGGCAAUGUUGGUGGCUAUGCUGAAAGCGAACCUUCGCUCUUGUGGCUGCAGAGCAGCGUCCCAGUGGGCAGCUUGAACACAUUCCCUCCUGACUCGGCUGCACCACGUCCGCUGACGGUGGGCAACCCCGUCUGGUCAGAAGUGGGCCGGUCCGACCGGAUCUUCAACAUGGAUUGCCUCUUCCCGCAAUACACGGACGAAUGGGCGAUCCCGUUGAACCGAGCCGCUGCUGCGAUCCGAGCCAUGCGUGACUGGCUCGAUGAGGAGCAAGCUGCCUCCGAUGGCGAUCGAAUCCAUUUCCCGGUCGAGAUCCGAUUUGCCGACGCAGAUGCUAUCUGGCUCAGUCACGCACAGGGACGCAAGACGUGCUACAUAGGCAUCGUACAGUAUCGACCGUACAACCGUCCCGUUCGCUAUCGACAGCUGUUUGCCAAGUUUGAGGCGCUCAUGCGCCACUAUUCGGGUCGCCCGCACUGGGCAAAAGCGCACUCGUGCUCGCCUACCGAGCUAUCGCAGCUCUAUCCGCACUGGCAUGACUUUUUGGCGACACGACAGAGGUACGAUCCCCAAGAGGUGUUUGUGAACCCCUACGUAGCAAGACAUCUGCUGGGUCGUAUCGGCGAUGGCAAUGACACGCGUGUGUUCAAAAGUCGUUUGUAA